AUGACCGACACUUGUGAAACUAUUUCAAAUUUUGAAGAGAUGUUUGCCAGUAGAUUCACAAAAGACGACAAAGAGUACCAGGAAUACCUGAAACUCCCUCCUGCGUCCCCACCAAUUGUCGAGGAAUGGAAUAGCAGAGCUGGUGGAAACCACAGGAAUAGAGGCAACUGGUUACAAGAUAACAGACAGUUUAGAGGUAGGGAUAACAGACGAGGGUGGCCAAGUGACAAUCGAUCCAAUCAGUGGCGUGGACGCUCCUGGGGUAAUAGUUACCAGCAGCAGAGGCAAGAACCUUAUUACCCCCAGCAAUAUGGACAGCAUGGUUACAACCAACGACCUUCCUAUGGUUACUACUGA